UCGCCCCUUCCUUUCUGUCUGUCUGUCUUCUUCUCCCCGCAAAAUUCACUCUCUUCCUUCCUUCCCUCCCACACUUUCGUGCUUCCAUUCCCCUUUUCAUUCUUCGACAUCUCCGUCGUCUUCUUUCGCCCGCCCAUUUUCUUCAAGCAGCAGUAGCAGCAAGCCACCCAGUUCCAGUUUCCCCCAGUUCCAGUUCCUGCUUCAGAUUGAGAAUUCCCCACCGGUUUGGAGCUCGGAAGGCAAAGAAUUGAUCAUCCACGAUUUCAAUUGCAGAGGGAGAGCGAAGUGAGGAAGAAGGCAACCCAACCCAACCCAUCAAUCAAUCAAUCAAUCAAUCCACAGUUGGGAGUGUUGAGACUUCGGAAAACCGGAGAUUUCCUUUGAAGCCCCUCUCACCUGCCCCCUUCUUCUUUAUGUAAUGCAUCAGAAGAAAUCAGAAGUCCAAAUCGGAAAAGAAAGCAGCGGCGUCUCUUCCGAUUUCAACCCUACCCCUCCCCUCCUCUUCCCCCCACCGCCUUCUUCCUCUUCCGCGACCACUGCUACCUCCGAUCACCACCGUCUCUGUCAUCUUUCCUCCACCGCCCUGCCUUCCCAUCCUGCCCAGAUUCUCGUCGAUUUCUCUGAAGAUAUUCAACCGACCCCUAAUGACCCAAUUGCGCCCUCACCUUCAUCGGCUUCUUCUGCAUCUACCCCUUACAAGCGGACCCUUUUGACCCACCACAACCACCACGCGUCCGCCGGUCUGGCUGUGGCUGGCCCUCCCCCUCCUCUGCCUCGUCGCUCUUCCUCCCUUCCCAAAUCCCCCACCAUCUACCAUUUCUCCCCAUCAUCCUCUCCUCCUCAUCACCCGCUAUUGACUCUCUCAAUCGCUGCCAAAUCCACCGCCCUUCGGUUCCUCCGCCGUUUCCGCCACUUCCGGCGUAUCCGAGUCCAUCUCCGUCUAAUUCUUCUCUUCUCUCUCCCCUUCUUCUACUUCCUCGUUUCCCAUCCUAGCCACUCUUUUUUCCUCGACUUCUUCUCUGCUUUUGCCUUCUCUUCUGUUCUCUUGUUCUCCCUAAAUCUCGCCCUCCCUCGGCUCCCUUCAAUCCGAUUGUUCCUAGCCCGCUCCUUUCCGAUAAAGCUCGCUGCCUCCUCUAAGAUUUCUAAACCCCCGUUGCCUGUGUUGUGGUCGAUUGGGUCCAGACCCAGACCGGAGAAAAGAGGUCAUUCUGGUUGUUGGGUUCAGGUUUACAGCAACGGGGACGUCUACGAGGGAGAAUUCCACAAAGGUAAGUGCUCCGGGAGUGGAGUGUACUAUUAUUACAUGAGCGGGAGGUACGAGGGGGAUUGGGUUGAUGGCAAAUAUGAUGGCUAUGGAGUGGAGACCUGGGCGAGAGGGAGCCGCUACAGAGGCCAAUACAGCCAAGGUCUUCGUCAUGGGUUUGGAGUUUAUAGGUUUUAUACAGGAGAUGUGUACGCUGGGGAAUGGUCUAAUGGCCAAAGCCACGGCUGUGGAGUUCAUACUUGUGAAGAUGGUAGUAGGUAUGUUGGAGAAUUCAAAUGGGGGGUCAAGCAUGGUCUUGGUCACUACCAUUUCAGAAAUGGUGACACGUAUUCUGGAGAAUAUUUCGCGGACAAGAUGCAUGGAUUUGGGUUGUACCGUUUUGCAAAUGGGCAUAGAUAUGAAGGAGCCUGGCAUGAGGGUAGAAGGCAAGGCCUGGGAAUGUAUACAUUCAGGAAUGGGGAGACACAAUCAGGACAUUGGCAGAACGGAAUUCUUAAUAUCCCAAGCACUCAGAAUACAACCCCUCCUGUCUCACCUGUUGCUGUUUAUCAUUCUAAAGUACUCAACGCUGUUCAGGAAGCAAGGCGGGCUGCAGAGAGGGCUUACGAUGUGGGGAAGGUGGAUGAGAGGGUGAAUAAAGGAGUAACAGCAGCUAACAGAGCAGCGAAUGCAGCUAGAGUAGCAGCGGUUAAGGCUGUUCAGAAACAAAUGCAUCAUUCUAACCAUCUUGAGAAUACACUUCCAAUCCCGAUUGUGUGAAAUGCAAGUGUUCGGAGGGAGACAGCAAAAGGAGCAAGUGGCUUUUUAUAUGCUAGAGUUUUUCCAUAUCAUCAUCUAUCUCGUCCUAGAUGCACAAAGAGGAGAGCCACUUUGUGCACACCACCACCAUCACCACCACAACGCUGUGCCCACUUGAGCGGAGAACACUGAUAGAGUUUGGAAGAGAUUGACCAGUUCCAUUUUUCUUUUAACCUUUUUGUUUUUGUAUACGAGCAAAGCCUUUGCCACUUGAGCGAGUGAGUUCUUGAGCCUCUUUCUUGGGGCGUUUUUCUGGUUCUGUAUAGAUGAGUUUUUAGAUAGAAGCAGCUCCUGGAGAGCGAGCGACAAAACGAUUAUAAAAAUUGUGCGAGCACAGGUGAAACCUCUGCUCAGCAGACUGCAGACGUGUUUGUAUUCUUAGACUGCAGACGUGUUUGUUCCUCCUACCAAGUCACAGAUGAUGAACAUUUUGCCAGACACGGAUGAUUUUUUUUCCCCCCUAAAUUCCAAGACCUCUCACUCACCACAACGGCCGGAUUGCCCAAUGUAGGGAUGGCAAUUUGAACCCGCCCCGCCGGGUAAUACCCGACCUGACCCGCGAUGGGGAGGGUAUUACCCGACCCGCAUCAGCGUGGGGCGGGGCAUGGGGUAUCAACUUCCGACCCGCCCUGUCCCGCCCCGCCCCAUUCUUAUCCCGUUCUAUGUCAAUCUUUUACCCCAUCCAUUCAUAUAUAUCCUAUUUUGACUUUUAUUCAACUAUUUAGAUUUGAUCUUUCAACUAAAUAGACUCAAUUACUUAUUAUAUUAUCACUAUUAUUCAUUCAUCAAGUAUUUUCCUCUCGUUUUAUCAUAAAAGGUAAAAUUGUGCGUGUAUUUUUCUCAAAUAGCAUGUAAGAGUGAGUCGACCCGCCCCGCCCCGUUCCCGCGCGGGUAUUACCCGCCCCGACCCGUACUAGCGUGGGGCGGGGCAUGGGUACUAAGGUACCCGCCCCGCCCCGACCCAUUGCCAUCACUAGCCCAAUGGUAGGCGAUAAAUCAUCUUGUAGUGGCUCAGAAUUUGCAGCUCAUUCUUAGCCAAAAGUACAAAAUGUUAGUCGAAGUUAUUUGUAGUUUUGUUAGUAAUAUGGAAUUGGCAAUAUGAUAAUGAUUUGGAAGAUACAUAAUAGACAAUAUUUUAUAAUUUUAAUAUUUUAAUUAAAAAAAGAGUUACAAAAUUACUAAUGGUAACAAACAAAUUGCUAAUAUUUUUAUGCGUUAUUAAGAUUUUACUAAUAUUUUGUAUUUAGAAAGAUUUGACUAAUAAUUUGGAUGGUUUGGCUAAUAAAAAGUAUUUUUUUUUUACAAAGUGCAGUUCAUUAAGAUGGCAAAAGAAAAUAUACAAAUUACAAGGCAAGGACAAUCAAACCGAAGGCCCAAUAGAGCCCUAACCCAAGGACUACAACGUAGUCAAACCGUCCAAAACUCUAGCCGCCAAGCAACUCCUUUAGAGAAAUCACAGGCGCUGGCCGAAAACUCCUCCGCCACCAGACGCAAUCGGAACCCACCACCACUAAUGAGCCACCAGCACGUGAAAGAGGGUCAACGAGACGACGAGAAGGGGGGAGCCAAGUUCAAACCACCGCGAAUGGAAGGCAGUGGAGAGGCACCCUCCAAACAAACCUCCCCAGACCGAUCGUCGCCGGCAUCACCACACCCACACCAUGGAAAAACAUCACAACGAUUAGGCAGGCAGUGAGAGGAGCCAGAGGGAUGAUCUUUGUCUUCGAAUUUCUCCAACCUGAGUCCAAGUCAAUGGCUCUUGCAUCUCCGAAUCACCAAACAUACAGGGUGCAACAACGAGGUAGACGAAGGGGUUGGAAAUGGGAAGACAAGCUAGUCGAAAGAGCAACCCACCUCGAAGCCACUUAGAUCAGAGAUCUCCAGAUAUAGGAACUAGAUCAGAGGAACAAAGGUAGAAUCCACAAAGGGAACAGAGAGAGGACCCAUGCAAGGGAGAAGAGAAGCGUCGAUCAAGAAAGGAGAAGCAAAGGAAGAACAAAUUAAUACAAAGUAAACGUGCAA